AUGGUGGACCAAGGUGAACGGAAGGAUUUCACACCCAGCGGUGUGUCCUCUGCGGCGUCCGGUCGCGACUUGGAUAAAUUCUUGAAAGUGUCGCCGAACCUUUUCACUCCCGAGAGGCUGAACCUGUUUGAUUCGCUGCAUCUGUACACUUCACUCAUCAAUUGCUCCAAGAAUAUAGAACAGGGGGAGAGACUGCAUAACCUCAGUUGGAGGAUUGUCAACAAGGCACUUCUCAAGGAUAAGAACAUCAACAGGUCUAAGAAACGGGACGGUGUGAAAAACCUGUACUACGUGCUGAAUCCGGUCAAUCAAAAUGGUAAUCCGAAAGACCAGUUGGCAAAGAGGAACCCUCUACAGCAACCACAAACACAUACACAGCAACAGCAACAGCAUACAAGGCCGACUAGGGGGAAACCGCUGACUGCGCCGACCAGCAAUGUCAACAUCCGAGAUAGCAAUUUAACAAUGACGGCAGCUGAUGCAGCCCAGCAAUUACCACAGGGCUCCAAGGACAACACUAAUGAUAGAGAGGAUACCACGAUUGAUGGCAACGACAGCAAUAACAGUAAACUUUACAAAUCAAGCACUGCGUUGUUCUCCGCCGUGAACAAACGAUUCGCAUCGACUAAUCCGCCCACGGCAGCGAACUCUACCGCGUCGUCGAUUGCCUCUGCGACGACACAACUGCAACAGCAGGCGCUCAUGAAGAAACUGAACAAGGAGGCACCAAAAACGAUAGUCACUGGGUUUGACCCAAACACGAUUAUAACGAAGACUGCGGUGCACAGAACGGCUGGGUCUGCGUCGAGAAGCACCUCUAACGACAGUGGUAGGUCAAGAGGUGCCCACACACAACCGGGGGGACCCACAAGGCCGAAAGUGUCCAAAUAUAGACAGGAUACUAAGUCAGAUUCGCUGUUUUCCUCUUCAAAGGGCAGGACUGCCAACGUGAGCAACAAGAUAUUUUUCAGCAGCGAAGAUGAGGAAGAAGAUUCCGACUGGAACAGCCUGUCCACGGAUGGCUCGGAUGAUGGCUCGGAUGAUGAAGAUACGGACGGCGACGGUGAUAACGCGGAUGACGACGACAAUCUCAGCAACGAUUACUUCUACGACGACGACGACGAUCAGUACUACAAGCGACAGUGGGGGAAACUUGUCUUUUCGAAGACAACCAGACUCUCGCAAAGCCCGUCCUCCGUGAAUGCCUCAGGGUCUGGUUCAGGUUCCUCGACAGGCGCCGCUACGAACACUUCCCCCCACGAGGUCAGAAAGAGUCUUCUGAGUGGGCUCUUUUCAGGGGAGCGAACUCAACAGUCGAGCAAUGCAUCAACCGCGUCGACGACGCCAUCAACAUCACACCAGGGGUCCGUGGACCCCUGCAGUAUGCUCGUCAACGACCCUGAGUUCCCAACCCCAUUGGAAAAAUCGACCAUCACAUCGAACGUGACGGCACAUGGGUCUGUGUCCUCAGGACAGGGGAGAGUGAACUCUGCGCUCCCACUAGAGGAGAUCAUCCAGCGAGAAUCACGCGGGAGACAACCGCACCGUGCCGGAACCGCGGGGGCACAAUCGCAACACUACUCGAACGCUCCGUUGACAGCACAGACAAUCUUACCGACUGCACUAUCGACGCACAUGUUUCUCCCAAACGACGUGCACCACCGACGAAUGGCCGCAAGAGCCGCUGCCCAGGACGUUGCGGAGACGUCAUCGACAAACGCACAACCUUUGCAGCUGCCCAGGAAACUCAGCAGGAGACAGUCCAUGGACAUCCCGAUAAAGAGUCGCAGCCAGCUGCUGAUCAAAACGAGGAUGGAGAUAUCAGAGGAGGAGAAGUACAAGAACCGCAGGGCCCAUCGUAACAAGAACGCAGAUUUGAGUUGA